AUGUCCUAUCCCUCUGCCACGCUCAAAAGCGAGCGUUUCCACCCCUCGUUCGAAGCGAGUGAACUCGAAGGGCUGCGAUCGACCUUGGCGCAAUGUCGUACCGCCUUGCCGGCGCCAACGUAUGCGAGCACCCAGGCGAGCAAGGACGGGAAAUAUUAUGGGGUCACGUCGGAGUGGAUGAGCAACACGCUCCAGUACUGGCAAGAGUCGUUCGAUUGGUCAGUCCCGUGCCGAGCAGCGCUCACAAGGAAGGCCAGACAGCCGCCAGGUGGCACUGUGGGGCUCCGGCCGGGCGAGCUGACAUAGGCCGUGCCUGGGGAAUCCAAUCGCAGGUCCAAACGCGACAAGAUCAUCAACUCGGUUGAUCACUACAUGACCACCAUCAAGGAUGAUGAAUGUGGUCCAUUCAAAGUUGGUCCCACUAUUCUCGGCCACGACCUGAGCGGCUUGCAUAAUUUUCCUCUAUUUGCUCACAAGAAGACGGUUCCCUUUCGAAAAGGUCCACUACAUCGCUCACAUCUCACCUGAUCCGAAUGCUAUCCCUCUGCUUUUGCUUCAUGGCUGGCCCGUGCGUUGCUCUCAAUGCUCUGGGCAGUCAUCGGAUCGAUUCACUCACUGACGCCGGGAGAGCACAAUUCUUCGCUCUUGAACAGGGAUCGGCCCACGAGUUUACAGAGGCGAUCAAAAUUCUCACCCAACCCUCAUCCGCUUCUUCUGGACCUUCCUUUUCCAUCAUUUGCCCCAACCAACCGGGGUAUGGCUGGUCCUCCGGCCCGCCGCUCGAUCGUUCCUUCGGUAUGUACGACGUCGCACGGAUUUGCCACUCGCUCAUGCUCGGUCUCGGGUUCAAGUCCUACGUCGCACAAGGCGGCGACAUUGGUUCUGUCAUUGCUCGUAUCAUGGCCAGCCGGUACAAGGAAUGUCGAGCGGUGAACCUGAACUAUCUCCCUCUCCUCCCUUCCGCGGGUCAAUGGAGCCCAGGAUGGGACGAUGGACUCACGCCUCGUGAAAGGGACAAUGCGUCCAAAGCUCUAAAAUUCGCAACGACAGGUCGUGGGUAUGGGACCAUGCACGGUACUCGACCCGCCACGAUCGGUAUCAUCGUUCAAUCGAGCCCGACGGCGUUGCUCGCCUGGCUAGGUGAAAAAUUGCUCGAGUGGACGGAUGAGGAUCUGGAGCUGGAUCAUCUGUUGGAGAUCGUCACGAUGUGGUGGCUGUUGGGGACGUUCCCCAAGUCGAUAUAUGCCUAUGCCGAGGUCAGUCCCUAAACGAGCACCGCUGCAUGCAACCCAAGCAGGACCUGGGUCCCCUCUGGAGAACUUACAUUGCUCUCGAUGACACCGCAGCUCACCACCGGAGUAGGAGGCUGGCACCGUGAUCCCAAACUGUACAUCCGGCAACCCUUUGGGUUCUCAAGUUUCGGUCACGAGAUCGCAUCGGCUCCCGAAGCUUGGGCCAAAGAGACGGGACGAUUGGAGUUUUAUCGCUACCACGAAAAGGUAGGAUUGUUCCCUCUUUGAGUUUUGGCAUAACAUUCGCUCAUCUUCACCGGUAUUACGCCACUGUCUUGUCUAGGGUGGUCAUUUCGCUGCGAUGGAACGACCGGAGGAGUUUGCACAGGACAUGCGGGAUUGCUUCGGCAAAUUAUGGCACCUGGAGCAAUGA